GAGUUGCGGGGCCAGGGCUGCUCCCGCCCCUUCCGCCCUCGGCCCGGGACGGCCUGCGCGGGCGCGGCGGGAAGCGGCGCCGCUGGUGGCUGUCUGCGCGGGGCGGCUCUUGGCGGCGGCGAGCGCAGGGCUGGGGCCUGCGGCGGAGGACACCGCUGGCGUGAGGCGGGCAGCAGCAGCGGGACGAGGCUGCGGUUACGGCAGCGGCUCUAGGGCAGGGAAGGCUCCCGCCGGGAGAGCCGCAGCGGGUCCGGAGCAUGGGGUGGUGAACACCUCUGCCUGUCUGGAACAGCGUUGGACGGGAUCAGAUGGUGGUUGCCAGCAGAGUAACCUCCGAGCUCAGAAGGAUGCCCUCCCUGAGAGGAAAAGUACAGACAGUCUUGGGCCCCGUGGAGCCAGAUUGCCUUGGCUAUACGCUGACCCAUGAACACUUGACUAUGAACUACAGCAGCUGUUUUUGUCCACCUUCUCCAGGCCAAGAGGCUCUGUCUGAUGGGCCCAUUGAGAUGAAGAACUUGUUUUGGAUUAAGCAAAAUCCCUACAGCCACAAAGAAAACCUUCUUUUGUAUCAGGAAACAGCUGCUGUGAAGGAGGAGCUGUUGCAUUUUAAAGCAGCAGGUGGAGGGACAAUUGUGGAGAACACAACCACAGGAAUUGCUCGGGAUGUGAAGACACUAAAGAAACUUGCUGAAGAAACUGGAGUCCAUAUUAUUGCUGGGGCUGGGUUUUAUGUGGAUUCCACUCACUCUCCUCAAACACAGGCCAUGACAGUGGAGCAGCUGACGGGGAUUAUUGUUGAUGAGAUCCUCAGUGGAGCGGACAGGACCAGCAUCAAGUGUGGUGUGGUGGGAGAAAUAGGCUGCUCCUGGCCUCUGACCGAGAGUGAGCGCAGGGUGCUGCAGGCUGCGGCGCAGGCGCAGGCCCAGCUCGGGUGUCCUGUGAUCAUCCAUCCUGGCAGGAGCAGCGAGGCACCCUUCCAGAUCAUCCGCCUGCUGCAGGAGGCUGGGGCCAAGGCUGCAAAGACAGUCAUGUCUCACCUUGACAGGGGUUAUGAGUAUAAAGGCAUCUUGCUGGAGAUCAACACUCAUUCCCUUGAGAAGACUCACAGCAACCAUUGGGAAUGGACUAUAUUUGAUACAAAGAAACUUCUGGAAUUUGCCCAGCUUGGCUGCUACUUAGAGUAUGACCUAUUUGGUACUGAGUUUCUUCGUUACCAGUUCCACCCUAGCAUCGACAUGCCGAGCGACAACGAGAGGAUCGCCAGGAUUCAUUUGCUGAUCAAUGAAGGCUAUGAAGACAGAAUUCUGAUGGCUCACGAUGUGCACACCAAGAACAGGCUGAUGAAAUAUGGAGGUCAUGGAUAUUCACAUAUCCUUACAAAUAUAGUUCCUAGAAUGCUAAACAGAGGCAUAUCCCAAGACAAAAUUGACAAAAUCCUCCUAGCAAAUCCAAAGAGGUGGCUGACUUUUGAGUAGGAAUAAGGAAUAGGGAAGCUCAGUAAAGUCGUGCUCUGCAUCCGGAGGGCAGCCACCCUAAACCCUGGUUCUUUACAGGGAAACUAGAAGUUAGAUGUUCAGUUGUUCAUUAGAUGUGGACAAACUGAUUAUGACUUUUCAAUCAGAACAAUGAAAUUAGGUAUUCUAGCUGCAUUUUCUCCCUUCUAAAAGUCUGUUCAUGAAUGAUUGACCAGAUGUCAACCUACCUGCAAGAUAUUUUCAACUGAGAUGUAAAAAUAAUUGUUUCUAGAGAGCAAUCUGAAUGCUGUUACUAAAUGUGAACCAAAAGUAUUUCUGAAGAUGCAUCACCUGGACUUUGAAGGAAAUUAGUGUUUGCAGUUACCUUCCCAUUGUCCAGGGGAUGAUUUUAACCUUUGUAAUAUUGACGAUCUUCUAAUUUUCCUUAUGGUCUUUAAGUAAUGUUUGCUAAAAGGUCUGGGACGCUCAAAUAGCUUCCACGGACAAACAAAGGCAAAAGGAAUCUCAGAGAGUUGUAAAAGGAUAUUGUUUCUAGUUUAGCAAUUCAAUUAUUUUUAACUGAGAGUGUCCAAAAAUGCAUGGGUGAAUCUGUUUCUGAAUAAAGCAGUGUGCUGUCCUCA